AACCAGAUUACCUCGGGAACUUCCGUGAACAAUAUACCGUUCCGUUACAAAACAGGUCUGAUUCGUUAGUAAAAAGGUGGUUACAUGAACUGUGUUGAAAUGCAACAUACUCGGUAGUUAACUGUCCAUUUCUAGUUUUCCUUAUUGCAUUUCUAGACCACAAGAUUAAAUGAACAAAGAGCAAACUAAGAAAUGGACUACGGUUCCGUACCGAGAUAGGCCUGUAUAUCCUCGGAUAUAUAAUACAUUAUAUUGACCGGUGGGCAAUAUAUACGACACAGAUGUUAGGUCCUGGGUUUGGUUUGGUCACGUGAUGCGGUACGAACAUCGGUAGGCGGAAACCACUGUGAACAGACAACGAUGCCACGCUUGCGGAAGUGGAAGAAAGUAAUCCAUUGUGUACAGACAUUCAAGAAAUACAGAGAAUUAAAGAGACUCAGAACAGCUGGAGCUGAGGCCCAAAAAGAGCUGCAAGAUUUGUUGGGGUGUAAACCAGACGGCUUAGAUGGAGGAAGUGAAAAAGACAGGCCAAAUGAAAACCCAGCUUCCAUGGAGGAGGAAAAACCCAGUAAAGAAUCCACCAGGUCUCUGCUUGAAGGCACAGAAAAAGUUAAACCUCGAAGAUGUAGACCACAUAUGGAUGACCCUCAUAUGGCUGUUGCAGGAAGAACAAGAGGAAGAUGUAGACCACAUAAGGAUGACUCUCGUAUGGCUGUUGCAGGGAGAACAAGAGGAAGAUGUAAACCACAUAAGGAUGACUCUCGUAUGGCUGUUGCAGGGAGAACAAGAGGAAGAUGUAGACCACAUAAGGAUGACUCUCGUAUGGCUGUUGCAGGGAGAACAAGAGGACACAACACACGGUCAGGUCGUACAGGGAGUAGGAGUAGCUCUCGGGUACACACAACACACAAUCUGGAAACACAAAAGACAGAAGCAGAAUGUGGAAAGAAAAGUCCAGAGAAACAAUUUCUUCAAACUUCAGGAUCAGGGAGAAAAAGAAGCGGAUCCUGUCACCUGACGCCAGAUGUUCUGCCAGAGUGUAAGAGGAGGAGUGAGACGAGAGACCAGCCUUUUCAGUCGGGAGUCCUAAUGGUACAUAUGUAUCCCGAUGAAGCAGAGUCUUGUCUUGCCAGAGGUCCGGGGAAAAAAAAGAGUCCAUACCGAAUAAAUGAUCAAGCAAAACACACACUGUAUAAUAUUGUUGUAAACGAACACAUAUCAGAGUACACUGGGGAAGAACAGCAGUCAGAAGAGGAACAACAUGAAGAAGCAUCUUGCACAAUUAUAACUGGACCAGACACUGAAUCAGGUCCUGAAGUGGCCAGAAGAGUCCUUGAAGCAGGAAGAGAAACUGACCUUAUGAGCACCAAGAUUAAGGCAGUAAAACUACCUGGAGAAGUGGGUCCAAGAAGUAGUAGAUUACAGAGAACCAGAGAUUUGACUACAGAGACAAUUCCUGUUUCUAGUGCCAGGUCGAUAACCUAUAUAAAGGUUACACCCCCUGCAGGAGUGCAAGUAGCAAAACAGACUAGGGGAAGCAAUGGAACAAGGAGAAUCCCUGUUUCAAGUCGUGUACAUCACCAGUCGGAAAGUAGUGAAAGACGGAAUACCUAUGAAAUAAUUGGAGGCGAGGUUUAUGGAAACGAAGACCCUACCCCAAAUAGGGACACAACAAAAAAAAAAAAAAGAUUUGCAAGUACAACACACAAGGGAAGACCAAGCAAAGAAUCUACUCUGAUACCUAUCCGAAGAUAUGAACAGACAAAAGAGAAAUUGUAUACAUAUGAACCCUUAUAUUUAAAGUCAAGCCAGGGCAAACCAUCACAUUCAGAAGUGGCCCAAAGAAUGUUUGAACAAAUAGAUCCUUCGUUAAAUGGUUUUUGCAGGGGUUCUAUCCCUUCAAGUUCAAGGCAUAGGACGUUUACACCAGCUGCUGAAGUAGAGCAAUCAGAAGACAUCCCAAGGUGGGAUGGUAGAGAGAGGGGCCUAACUCUAUCAAGUCUUAUUUCAAGUACCCAGAAAAGGACUGCUACACAGAAGGAAGUACAACAUAUACAGAUUAUGGUACAGGAGGAAGGUGAAGAACAGUUUGUGGUUCAGGAGGAAGGUGAAGAACAGUUUGUGGUUCAGGAGGAAGGUGAAGAACAGUUUGUGGUUCAGGAGGAAGGUGAAGAACAGUUUGUGGUUCAGGAGGAAGGUGAAGAACAGUUUGUGGUUCAGGAGGAAGGUGAAGAACAGUUUGUGGUUCAGGAGGAAGGUGAAGAACAGUUUGUGGUUCAGGAGGAAGGUGAAGAACAGUUUGUGGUUCAGGAGGAAGGUGAAGAACAGUUUGUGGUAAUGCCACAGGUAGAACAGUUUGUGGUUCAGGAGGAAGGUGAAGAACAGUUUGUGGUUCAGGAGGAAGGUGAAGAACAGUUUGUGGUAAUGCCACAGGUAGAACAGUUUGUGGUUCAGGAGGAAGGUGAAGAACAGUUUGUGGUUCAGGAGGAAGGUGAAGAACAGUUUGUGGUUCAGGAGGAAGGUGAAGAACAGUUUGUGGUUCAGGAGGAAGGUGAAGAACAGUUUGUGGUUCAGGAGGAAGGUGAAGAACAGUUUGUGGUUCAGGAGGAAGGUGAAGAACAGUUUGUGGUUCAGGAGGAAGGUGAAGAACAGUUUGUGGUGAUGCCGCAGGUAGAAGAACAGUUUGUGGUAAAGUCGGAGGUAGAAGAAUGGAUUCUGGUACAGGAGCCACUAGGCUACCCGACCACCCCUCUAGUACAGGAAUAUUGCCGAUGUGAUGAAAAAUUUAACUCACUCACUCUAGUACAGGAGGAAGGUGAAGAACAGUUUGUGGUAAAACGGGAGGUAGAAGAACAGUUUGUGGUAAUGACACAGGUAGAAGAACGGAUAGUGGCACAGGAGGAAGAUGAAGAACGCUUUGUGGUAAUGCCACAGGUCAUAGAACAGGCUGUGGCACAGGAAGAAGGUAAAGAACAGUUUGUGGUAAAGCAGGAGGAAGGUAAAGAACGGUUUGUGGUAAAGCAGGAGGAAGAUGAAGAACAGUUUGUGGUUAUGCCGCAGGUUGAAGAGUGGAUUGUGAAACAGGAGGAAGGUAAAGAACAGUUUGUGGAAAAGAAGGAGGUACACAAACAUAUUGUGGCACAGGAGGAAGGUAAAGAACAGUUUGUGGUAAAGCAGGAGGAAGGUAAAGAACAGUUUGUGGCAAAACCGGAGGUAGAACAUUGUCUGGUCCAGGAGGAAGGUGAAGAACAGAAUGUAGUAAAGUCAGAGGGAGAAGGACGGAUAAAUGAUUAAAACAUUACAGACAGAUUUUUGAGUAUACUGGGAGUUAAAAAGUUGAGUCCCUUUGGUGUGCAAGGAUUAAGAUCUGCAUAACACAGCCUUCUUCCCAGCUGACCUGGGUCUUCACCGUGACGAGCGAACACUUUAACCACUAGGCUAUCUAACCACCCCCCUGGUACAGGAGGAAGGUGAAAAACAGUUUGUGGUAAAACCGUAUAAAUGGUAUGACCUAAAUGAAGUUAUGGUCGAAGCUGCAUUCAAUCAGAAUCACUCACUCACUCAAUUUAAUCUUGUGAAUGAGAUUUCAAUCACUGUAAUAUGCUGUAUUUGUUAGCCUGAUAUAUCAAUGUUACUGUAUCAUGUACCAGAGGCGAUUACCCUGUGGGAUUCUUGGUAGGACCUUAGCAACCUAUGCCUGUGUAAAGAGGCGACUAAACAGAAUAGGUGGUCAGGGCAACUAUGCUUGUCGUAAGAGGCGACUUACAGGAUCGGGUGGUCAGGCUCGCUGACUUGGUUGAUGCAUGUCAUCAUAUCCCAAUUGCGUGGAUUGAUGCUCAUGAUAUCAAUCACUGAAUGUCUGGUCCAGACUCAAUUAUUUAAAGACCACUGUCAUAUAGCUGGAAUAUUGCUGAGUGCAGUGUUAACCAACAAACAAACAAAAAAGGUGGUCAGACUCAAUGGCCAUGGUUGAUUAUUUGUCAUUGUUCAUAAGGAUGUUUGACAUUGCUAGUAAUCACUGGUUUGUCAAGAAUGGAAUAUUUACAGGCUGCAAUCAUAUAGCUGAAAUAUUGUUUGAAAAACACUGCGCUCUGUUAUGUCUUACAACUUACAUGAAGCAUACUGACAUAAAUAAAUAUCAACUAUGAUCAAGGUUA